UUCGUGCGUUAUAUGCUUUGCUUUUUUUCUCGGACUGUCGGAGAGGGGAUGGGAAAGGAUUUACUUUCACUGCACGCAGCUGUUUCGUGUAAAGGGUGACUGGGUGAUGGAAUAAAGAUGACGCAUAAUCGGUGGGGAAAUAUGCUUCCUCUACCCAACUUUUCUCUUCUUUUCCAUUGCAUAUGCUUCUUCCGUCUCCUCGGUUUUCCCUCAAUCCAUUCCCAGUUCCUGACAGAAUCAAGGGCAGGACAAGGUCUUCUGCUCUUUACCCAGCCCGCCUAUAAUGCGUCCAUCUUCGAGAACUCUGCCACAAGAACCUACACAAGUAGUGACGUCAAAAUGGGCAUUAUCCUUGGGCCACCUCUGACUUUAGACAUAAAAUAUUCCAUUGCGUCUGGAGACAGUGAGGGAAUCUUCCAGGCUGAUGAGUUUGUAAUGGGAGAUUUUUGUUUUCUCCGCAUAGGCACUAACGGAGACAGUGGUGCAACAUUGAACCGGGAAGUGCAGGACAAUUACACACUGACAGUUAAGGCAUCUGCCAAUGGAGGCCCUGAUGCCUUAGCCACGGUUUAUAUCAAGGUCUUGGAUACCAAUGAUCUCCGACCUCUCUUCUCCCCUACCUCCUACUCAUUCAUUUUCUCGGAGAGUGCCCCUCUGGGUGCCAGCAUCGGACGUGUAACAGCCACAGAUGCCGACGUGGGCUCCAACGGGGAGUUCUACUACUUUUUCAAGAACAGAAUUGAACUCUUCGCCGUUCAUCCGACAAGCGGGGUCAUCACCCUGACAGGCCGGCCCAGAAUGGACAAAAAAGACAGAUUUGAGCUGGAGGUGCAAGUGGUCGACAGAGGAAUGAAACUCUACGGGAACAAUGGUAUAAGCAGCACUGCUCGGUUGGUCCUAACUGUGGAGCGAGUUAAUGAAUUUGCUCCUGUUCUCAAAGCAGUUGCUGUUGUUCCAUUAUGGGCGGACAAGGACCCAGUCUACGCCAUAAUGACUGUGAAGGACAAGGACGAAGGGGUAUCUGGGGAUAUAGAGUGGGUGUCCAUUAUUGAGGGUGACCCCCUUGAACAAUUUGUGAUUGAUCGAUCGCCUAUCGGAAAUGUUUAUCGGGUUAAAACAUCAGAAUUGUUUGACUGGGAUACAUUUCCCUAUGGCUGCAACUUAACCUUCCAAGCGAAAGACAGGGGUGUACCUCCAAAGUUUUCUAAUACUCAAGUUGUUCAAUUGUUGGUCACAAAGCCCGACCCUGUGUUGGCAAAAUUCGAGAAAGAUGUUUAUGCAGUCGUGCUGAGUGAAAUAUCUCCCCCGGGCACUAUUGUAGAGGUGGUGAAAAUCUCCCCAGCUCCUCUGAGUGUCAAUUACAGCUUCAGCAGCCCCUCAGAUGUGAUGUACUUUGAUAUAAACCCUUUGACUGGCGUUAUUAUGACCACAAGGCAGCUGACACAGAUAUCACUGGAUUUCGUGGAGAUGGAGGUGGUUGAUAUUAUCAGUCAGCAGCAAGCGAGGGUUAAAAUCACCAUAGAUGACGCUAAUGACAACGCUCCAGUGUUCAACAGGCCAUUCUACGAUAUCGCAAUCAACGAGAGCUUACCUGUCGGCGCUGUUGCUCUUGUCGUGUCUGCUGUCGAUGCCGAUAAAGGAGAGAAUGGUUACGUCACCCACACGAUAAGUGGGGAGCUGAAUCUUCCGUUUUCAAUAGACCAGGACACAGGGGAGGUGAGCGUCACAAGAGACCUUGAUUUUGAGUCGUCAGAUGAUAUCUAUACUUUUGCAGUGCGGGCCUCCGAUUGGGGUUCACCGUACAGAAGGGAGAGCGAAGUUAAUGUCACCAUUCGUCUAAUUAAUAUAAACGACAACCAGCCUCUCUUUGAGAGAGUUUCCUGCAAGGGGACGAUAAGCCGAGAUUUUCCUGUCGGCCAGACUAUCGUCACCUUGUCGGCCGUGGACAUGGACGAGCUGGGAAUGGUGACCUACAAGAUACUGUCCGGGAACGAGUUGGACUAUUUUAACUUAAACCCAGACUCCGGGGCUUUGUCGUUGAGAAGAUCGCUCGGAGCGGCGAAUUUAAAAAGCGGGAUAUUCGACCUGAAAAUCGUCGCGGAAGAUGGAGAGAUGUCCUCCGAUCCUACAUUUGUGAACGUAUCUGUUGUGAGGGGUAGGAUGCCACCCAUGAGGUUCAACUGCGAGGAGACCAAGGUAGCCCAGAUGUUGGCAGAAACAAUGAUCUCGAAAGCGUCCGCGAUGGCUAGAUCAAGACCAGAUGAGAGCUAUACGGACCUUUUCUCUAUAAACCAACGCUCUCCACAGUUUGAGGCCUUACCUACCAGUAUUCUAGUGAGAGAAGACCUCGCUGCUGGUGCCAGUGUAUUUCAGGUGAGAGCAAGAGACGGCGACAGCGGCUUCAAUGGCUGUGUUCUAUUUUCCAUAUCUGAUGGUAACAAAGAAAACUGCUUCAACAUCGAUAUGGAGAAUGGGUUGAUAACCGUGUUGCAGCCACUAGACCGCGAGCGAUUGGAUCGUUACUCCCUGAACAUCACCAUCUACGAUCAGGGCGUUCCUCAGAUGUGCAAUUGGAGACUGCUGACUGUGAUCGUGGAAGACGCCAAUGACAACGACCCUCGGUUUGAUCGGGACAGCUUCUCCGCUGUCGUUGCAGAAAACUCGGCCGUUGGAAAUGAAGUUAUUGCCUUGACUGCAUUUGACAGAGACAUGGGUCCAAAUGGACGGCUUUCCUACGUGAUGCUGACCAGUGUCCCUCAGUUUGGUAUCGACAGCGAAACUGGAAGUGUAUUUGUUGCGAGCCACUUGGACAGGGAAGCCAUGCCAGUGUUCACAUUGAAGAUUGAAGUGCGGGAUAAGGCUGAAAGAGGCACUCGUAGGUCAUCAGUGACGACUCUCACUGUAAUAGUGGAGGAUGUCAAUGAUUGCGCCCCGGCUUUCAUCCCUGAAAGCUAUAGUGCACGAGUGCUGGAGGACCUGCCUCCAGGGGCAGUGAUUACCUGGGUGCAGGCUCAGGAUCCAGACGUGGGCCCCAGUGGACAGAUCCGAUACUCCUUGAUGAAUGACUUCAAUGUUACUUUUGAGAUCGAUGCUGUGAGCGGAGUUUUGAGGAUUAGGAAGGAGCUGGACUUUGAGAAACAACAGUUUUUCAACCUCACAUUACUGGCUGAGGACAGAGGAGUACCCAGCCUCACCAGUCAGACAUUUGUGGAGGUGGAGGUGGUGGAUGUCAAUGAGAAUUUGUAUGCACCGUACUUUCCUGACUUUGCGCUGAGAGGCUCAGUGAAGGAGAACUCUCGUGCGGGCACAAGUGUCCUGACAGUCAACGCAAAGGACGAUGACAAGGGGCGAGAUGGGGCGUUAAGGUACUCUGUCAGAGGUGGCAGCGGACUGGGCACUUUCACCAUUGACGAAGACACAGGGGUGAUUUACACCGCCGGUAUCCUGGACUGCGAGACUAAAAACUCCUACUGGCUUACAGUGCACGCCACAGACAGAGGGGUUACAGCCAUGUCAGCAUCUAUUGAAGUCUUCAUCCAGGUAGAAGAUGUCAAUGAUAAUGCUCCUCUCACCUCGGAUCCUAUCUACCAUCCAGCCAUUAUGGAGAACUCCCCAAAGGAUGUGUCAGUCAUCCGGAUCCAGGCGCAGGACCCUGACAUCACCGCCACCCCCAGUCGUCUGAGUUAUCGCAUCACGGCCGGCAACCCGCAGAAUUUCUUCUCCAUCAAUCCCAGAACAGGGCUGAUCACGACCACUGCGAGGAAACUGGACAGAGAACAACAGGCAGAGCACUUCUUAGAGGUAACGGUGAUAGACGGCCCGGUGACCACCCGCCAGUCGACCGUGUGGGUCAUGGUUCACAUCGAGGAUGAGAACGACAACCCGCCGACCUUCCCGGAGGUCACCUACCGCGUCAGCCUGACGGAGCGAGACCGCAACAAGCGCGGCGAACAGGUGUACCGCGUCUUCGCUUACGACCGCGACCUCGGAGCCAACGGCAACGUCACCUACAGCAUCGUCGAUGGCAACGCCGACGAAAAGUUCAGUAUCGACCCCAGGACUGCCAUGGUGUCCUCGAAGAAGACGGUGACGGCGGGAAGCUACGAUAUCCUCACUAUAAAAGCGGUGGACGGCGGUGAUCCUCCAUUGUGGUCUACCGUCAAACUUCACGUCGAGUGGAUUCGCAAACCCGUCCCCUCGGCCGUGCCCCUACUCUUCACCAAGAGGUUCUACAAUUUCUCUAUUUCCGAGACAGCUGCCGUGGCUCAGCCGGUGGGAGUCGUCGCUGUCAGCCAGUCAAGUGCACUCGUCUGGUUCAAUAUCAUCGGCGGGCGGCUCGCCAGAGAAACCUUCUACAUUCCUCAGAAUGCAUGCGGAAGAAACUGCUCGCUUGACACAGGGAGCUUUGACAUGCAGUUUGACCUUCAAGUGGGGGUGGGAACUCUCGUCGUGGCCAAGCCCCUGGAUGCAGAAGUGCAAUCUGUGUUCAACAUGACUGUCCAGGUGACCGAUGGGACCAACUUUGCCACAGCACAGGUGUUCAUCCGAAUACUGGACAGCAACGACAACCCUCCGGUCUUCUCGCAGCCGGCCUACGACGUCAGCGUCUCAGAGGACGCGCCGGUCGACAUGGAGCUGCUGCGGGUCAGAGCGUCGGACGUGGACGAGCGCUCCCGUUUGAGCUUCUCCAUCUAUGGCAGUGUGGACCCAGUCAGUAUGAGACUGUUCCGGGUCAACCCGAGUUCAGGGGUUGUCUACACUGCAGACAGUUUGGACUACGAGGCCAGAACACAGCACAUCCUCACUAUUAUGGUCAAGGAUCAGGAGUUUCCAUUUAACCGUGACCUGGCUCGCAUCCUGGUGGCGGUGGAGGACUCCAACGAUAACAUCCCCUACUUCACCAGCACCGUAUAUGAUGCGGUAGCCUAUGAGUCAUCCCCCGUGGGCACUUCUGUACUGCAAGUGACGGCCUUAGACAAAGACAACGGGAUCAACGGGCAACUCACGUAUACUAUGGAAGCAGGAAACACCGGUGGUGUGUUUGGAAUCGAUAACGCCACAGGCCUUAUCUUCAUUGCCAGGGAUCUGGACAUCGCCUAUGUGGGCUCUUACACCCUCACUGUGCGCGUCACAGACAGUGGAUUUCCUCCAUUAAUGGCCACCGCUUCAGCCCGCAUCUCCUUAACACUCUCCGACUUUUCCCAACCCAAAUUCUCUCAGAAUGAGUAUCAGGCUGAGAUAAUGGAGAACAGCACCAUUGGAACGUAUGUCACCACUGUUAGUGCCCUCAGUCGUUCAGCACUCGUAUACGACAUCAGAAGGGGCAACGAGGACCGCUGCUUCUUCAUCAACCAUCACACUGGUGUAAUCAGCACACGUAGACUUCUUGACUUUGAGCAAACGACAUCCUACCUUCUGGUGGUGCAUGCCUUGAGCAUGGCUGGAGUGGAGGCCAGCACCACUGUCAUCGUCCAGGUGGGGGAUGUAAAUGACAGCCCGCCAGUCUUCCAACAAAUCAGGUAUGUGGGUGCAAUCAGCGAGGCGGCUCCGGUCAACAGCGUGGUUCUGGGAGUGGACGGUAACCCGCUGGUCAUCCAGGCGACCGACGGAGACCGCAAUCACAACGCCUUGUUGGUAUUCCAGAUUGUCGACGCGACCGCUCGCACGUUUUUUAGCGUGGACUCUGGGACUGGAUCAAUUCGAACAAUUGCCAGUCUGGACUAUGAGGCCUUCUCAGAGUUCCUCUUCCGGGUUCAUGUUAGAGACAGCGGUCAGCCUCCGCAGAGUGCCGACACCCCGGCAGAGGUCGUUAUAAAGGUGAUCAACAUCAAUGACUCACCUCCGAGGAUGUCACAGGAUACUUACGAGACAGUCCUCCUCCUGCCGACCUACGUGGGCGUCGAGGUCCUUACAGUUGAGGCUUUUGACCCCGAUAUGACCUCCGACCUCACCCUCAACCCUGACAAGUCCAUCACCUCAAAGCUGGCCUACUCUCUGGUGGACAGCAAUGUGGAGCACUUCUCUGUGGAGCGCGACACCGGAGUUGUGACUGUGAUCAAUCAAAACCUCAGCAAAGACCGUUACCGCUUUACCGUGAAGGUGUGGGACGGACGUUUCUCCGGCACGGCAACGGUCACAGUGCUCGUCCGAGAAGCGAUGGACAGCGGCCUCCUCUUCACCUUCCCGGUCUAUUCCGCCUCCGUCCGAGAAAACGUCCCCGAUGUUACUUUAGUGGCCGUCGUCAACACCGUCGGCCACCGCCUCAACGAACCGCUGAAGUACGCCCUGCUGAACCCCAGCGGACGCUUCACCAUCCGGCCGACCUGCGGGGCGGUGCUCACCACCGGCGUGCCCUUUGACCGGGAGGAUAAGGAGAGUUACGAGUUAGUGGUGGAGGUCAGCAGAGAGGAUGAGAUACUGAGGGUGGCGAGAGUGACCGUGCAAGUUCAGGUGGAGGAUGUGAACGACAACGCUCCAGAGUUUGUGAACCUCCCCUACUACGCUGCAGUGCAGGUGGAAGCACAGCCAGGAUCGGCUAUUUUCAGGGUCUCAGCCAUUGAUCGGGACGACGGUCUGAAUGGAGAAGUGAUGUAUAGCCUCAAGGACCAGCAUAGAAACUUCCUGGUGGACCCUUUGACAGGAGAGCUGACCUUACAGAGGGCCUUUGAGGCCGACUUAUCCAACGCAGAGUACAAGGUGGUCGUCGUGGCCACCGAUAGCGGCGUCCCGCCUCUGUCCAACGAGGUGGAGCUGCCCGUUACCGUGGUGAAUAAAGCCAUGCCGGUGUUCGACAAGCCCUUCUACGGCGUCGCCGUCAGAGAGGACGUGGCCGUCGCCACCUCCGUCCUGUGUAUCAACGCCGCCAGUCCCGAAGGCCGGAGCGUCAUCUUCGCCAUCACGGACAGAGACCCCGCCCUCCAAUUUGACAUUGGCUUCGACACGGGAACCAUCAGUGUGAUUUACAAGUUGGACUAUGAGACCACGCAGUACUACCGGUUGACGGUGAAGGCGACGGAUACUCUGUCCGGAGCACGGUCCGAGGUUGACGUGGACAUUGUCGUGCUGGACGUGAACGAUAACCCGCCACUGUUUCAGAACACUUCCUACUCCGCCGUGCUCACUGAGAACUCCAUGAUCGGAACAACCGUGUUGCAGGUGUUUGCCCAGGACCAAGAUUCAGAGAAGAACGCCCUGGUCAGUUACCAGAUCCUAUCCGACAUCUACAACAGCACCAACUACUUCCACAUCGACAGCAAGAGCGGCUUGGUAUUCACGGCACGCCUCCUCGACUAUGAGCUCAUCCAACGCCACGACUUCACCGUCAGAGCGACGGACAGCGGAGACCCGGCCCUCGGUAGCGAUGUCAGCGUCACGGUGGCGGUCUCUGACACCAACGACAACCCGCCUAAUUUCAGCCACGCGCUGUACGAGGCCUUUGUCAGCGAGCUGGCGCCCCGAGGGCACUUUGUGACUUGCGUUCAGGCGUCGGAUGCCGACAUCUGUGACGCUCGUAGGCUGAGAUACUGUAUUCUCUCUGGGAAUGAGAAAAUGACUUUUAUGAUGGAGCCAGAUACAGGGGUGCUCAGUCUGUCUAACAAGAGGAGACAAGGCAUGAAACUCUCCUAUCAACUCAAUGUGUCUGUGUCAGAUGGAGUCUUCACCAACACUGCUCAGGUGGUUGUACGUGUCCUGGGAGCCAACCUGUACAGCCCAGUGUUCAGCCAGAGGUUCUACCUGGCUGAAAUCCAGGAGAAUGCCCCUCCGGGGUCAAAGGUCAUUCAGGUUCGUGCAACCGAUGAAGACUCUGGGCUGUUUGGCCAGAUCACCUACUCCUUCAUCAACGACCUUGGGAAAACUCAGUUCAGCAUCGAUGCAGAUGGAGCCAUAUCCACCGCUAAGAAAUUAGACAGGGAAAAUUCUCUUAACAAGGACAUGGCGCUGACCAUUAUGGCCCUGGAUGGUGGAGGCCGUGCAUCGUUUUGCACAGUUCGAGUGGUUCUGGUUGACGCCAAUGACAACGCGCCUCGGUUCAGAGCCGUCGAGUACCGCAUGAGCAUCAAAGCAAAUGUUGCCAAAGGGUCCCUGGUCACACAGAUCCAAGCCACCGACGCUGACGCCGGCUCGAAUGGGAGGAUCACCUACUCCCUUUACAGCGAGGCACGCCUCUCACUGGUGGAUGUGCUGGAGGUGGAGCCCGACAGCGGCUGGAUGACGACCAAGAGCGCCGUGGACCACCUCCAGGGGACCGUGCUGUCCUUCUUCGUCAAAGCCACGGACUGCGGCUCUCCCGCCAAACACUCCCUGGUGUCCGCCUUCAUCCACGUGGUCCCGGCGGACGCUUUCGUCCCCUCCUUCAGUCAGCCUCAGUACUCCUUCACCGUCCCGGAGGACACGGCGGUGGGAACGGCCCUGGGGUCCGUGCACAUGGCCCCGGGACAGACGGGCUCCUUCAGUGCGGUCGGAGGGGAGACGCUCGACAGCAACCAGGGAGGGAGCUUCCUGGUGGAGAGGGAGACGGGCGUGAUCCGGCUGGUCAAGCCGCUGGACUACGAGCUCAUCGGCAGCUUCCGCUUCAAGGUCGCCGCGACAACCAGACGAGACCUCAUCGAGUCCGUGUCCACUGUGGACCUGGAGGUGAAGGUCCUCGACGUGAACGACAACAAGCCAGCGUUCGAGACCAACGCCUACGUAGCCACGCUGAUGGAGGGGAUGCCGAUAGGGACUCGAGUGAUCCAAGUGCGCGCGCUUGAUCCAGACCGGGGCUCUAAUGGUCAGGUGACAUACAGCCUUGGAUCUCUGCUCACCUACAACACGGACUCGACCAAAGACGCCGGCUCCUUCGGCGGCCUCACCACCACGGGUUCUGCCUUCGCCAUCGACAGUAAAACGGGCUGGAUCACCACCGUGAGCCCGAUGGACCACGAGGCCUGCUCCAGCUACAGCUUCGAAGUGGUGGCCUCUGACCUGGGGGAGUUCAAGUCGCUGUCCUCCACCACCGUGGUGACCAUCACCGUGUCGGACGUCAACGACAACCCGCCGCGGUUCGAGAGGGAGCUGUACCGGGGCGCCGCGAAGGAGAGCGAUCCUCUCGGCGGGGUGGUGGCCGUUCUAAAAACCACAGAUGGAGACGGCACGGAUCAAAACCGUCUCGUCAACUUUUACAUAACUGGGGGAAACCCGCGGGGCAUGUUUGGCCUGGCUCUGGUUCAGGGGGAGUGGAAGGUGUACGUGAGCGGUCUGCUGGAUCGGGAGCAGCAGGACUGGUACCUGCUCAACAUCACGGCCAGCGACGGCCUGUACGUCGCUCACACCGCGGUGGAAGUCACCGUCAUCGACGCCAACGACAACAGUCCCAUCUGCAACCAGGCGGUGUAUAGUGCCUCUUUUCCUGAGGACAUUCCCACUAACAAGGGCAUUCUGACGGUGGGUGCAACAGAUGCCGACUCGGGCUCCAGCGCCGAGAUCCAAUAUUCACUGUUUGGCAUCGGGGUGGAAGACUUCUACAUGGACGCAAACACUGGCGAGCUGCGUACGUCCACAGUCAUGGACCGAGAAAAGACGGCCGCCUACAAACUCAUCGCCCAGGCGACCGAUGGAGGAGGCCUGUUCUGCCGCUCUGAUAUUUCUCUCAAAGUGUCGGACGUGAAUGACAACGCCCCGUCUUUCUCCUCCACUCAUUACCUGGCCAGUGUGUAUGAGAAUGCCGCCCCCAAGGCUUUGCUUACCCGGUUGCAAGCCAGUGACCCUGAUGAAGGUCUUAAUCGUACAGUAGUCUAUUCUUUAGUGGAUUCACUCAACGGAUUAUUUUCCAUUGACCCGGUAUCUGGGAUGGUAAUUUUGGAAAAAUCUCUGGACAGAGAGAUCCGAGACUCCUAUCGUGUGCAGGUCCUGGCCACGGAUCGAGUUGGGCAGCAGGGGGCGCUCUCCUCACAGGUCGAUCUGACCGUCAUGGUGCUGGAUGUGAACGACAACGCCCCCGUCUUCCAGAGGAGUAACUAUGCCGUCACCGUCCCCGAGGAUGUAGCCGCGGGAACCGAGGUGCUGCGAGUGUCGGCGACCAGCGCUGACAUCGGACCCAACGCCGAGAUCACCUACGAAAUCCGGUCGGGCAACGAGUUAGGAAAGUUCACCGUAGAUAAAAACCUGGGCUCUAUUUCUGUGGCUGAUGAUUUGGACUUUGAGGCGUGUAAGGACUUCUACCUCACCGUUGAGGCCCGGGACGGCGGGACUCCUCCCCUCAGCACGGCCACGACGGUGACCGUUGAACUCAUGGACGUCAACGACAACGCUCCGGCCUUCAGUCAGGGCGUCUACAACGUGCUGGUCAGCGAGGAUGCCUCUUUCGGGCAGACCAUCACAAGGGUCUUGGCAGAAGACCUGGACAGCCAGGUGAACGGGCGAAUCACCUACUCUAUCUUGAAAGGCGACCGCAGCAACCACUUCUGGAUCGACCCCGUUACGGGACUGCUCAAAGUCAAUAAGCGGCUCGACAGAGAACUCGUAUCCAGGUACACUUUGUCGGUGCAGGCGUUUGACAGCGGCUCCCCCGCCAUGUCCUCCACUGUCACCCUCAACAUCGACAUAUCCGACGUCAACGACAACCCUCCCGUCUUCACUCCUCCCAACUCCAGCGCCGUUAUUCAGCUAAACCAAGCCGCCGGCGCCACCUUGCUGACGCUGUCAAUCAGCGAUAACGACUCCCCUAGAAACGGCCCUCCCUUUGAGUUCUCCAUCGUGUCAGGAAAUGAGAGAAAUUUCUUCGCUCUGGACCCGACUGGAACUCUGAGGUCCAACCGCGUGUUUGGCCCUGAAGCCCCCAGAGAGUUCACUCUUGAAAUCCAGGCAAGUGACUCCGGUACGCCGAGCCUUACCUCUUCCUCCUGGAUAUUUAUGAGAGUUAUUGGGAACAGUCAGUACAAACCCACCGUCUCCCCACUGGAAAUCUUCAUCGUCAUGGCAACGGACACCUUCCCGGGAGGCCUGAUUGGUCAGAUCUACGCAACCGACCGAGACCCCAGCGACGUGCUUUCGUUUACCCAGAAGCCUCAGCCCAUGUUUAAGAUAAACAGACAGGAUGGCACCAUUGUGGCUCUGCCGGGCCUGGAACCUGGCAGGUACCAAAUGAAUGCCACGGUGAGCGACGGCCGUUUCGCCGUGAUAGCCGACGUGUCCGUGCACGUGGAACAGGUGACGGAUGAGCUGCUGCGUAGCGCCCUGACCUUACGCUUCAACUCCCUGUCCCCGGAAGACCUGCUCGGUCGCUACCUGAACCAGAUCAAACUAACGUUGCGGGGACUAGCCGGCUGGAAUUGGUCACCGGGACAACAGGAUCCCCUCCACAUACUCGGCGUGCAGCCAGUGGCGGGGACAUCCGACGUGAGCUUGCUUCUCGCCAUGGAGAUGCCGGAGACGUCCGGCGGCGGCGGGAUGGGUGGGAUCUACUCCCGGGAGGAGUUGUCCUCAAAGCUGGAGGAAGCUGCAGCGAGGGGGCGUGUCCGAGGGGUCCUCGCCGGGGCGGCGGUGGUGAGCAACGCGUGUUCUGGGGAUCUGGAGUGUGGGGACAGGGUGUGCGAACAGAGGCUGGUGAUGGAGGGGGACUCGCCCGUCACGUACAGCACAGAGAGGGUCAGCUCGGUGGCACCGAGGUUCAGCCCGACGGAGACCUGCACCUGCCCCGCUGCGUGUGAUUUAUGUGGCCCUCUGCAAACAGGAGGCACCUGCCCCGCUCCUGUGGUGCUUUGUGAAGGUCAGUCGUGUCCAGCAGACAUGCAGUGUGUCCGUUCUGGUCCUGCAGCGCCCUCUGUCUGCCAGUGUGAGACUGAGAGACUCGACGAGUGUGCAGGCCAAACCUCUCUAAGUUUCUUUGGAAACAGUUACAUCAAGUACAGAGUGACAGAGAGUGACCAGAGUGGAGAGAUGAGGCUCGGCCUGAGGAUCAGAACACUUCAGAGGAGUGGAGUCAUUAUGUUCACCCGCGUUGACCCCUGCACCAUGCUCAAGAUUGAAGGUGGUCGCCUCUGGUUCCAGUUGGACUGCGACAACACCCUCGGCAUUAUGGGUAUAUCCGGCAGACCGAUAAACGACGGCCUCUGGCACGCUGUUGUCUUGGAGCUGACGAGGAACUACACCCUCCUGUCAUUGGACGACAGCUACGUGGAGAGGCGGCGAGCAGCCCGGGCCCCCGUCCGCCUCUGGCCUCUGGCCCCGGAUUCGUCCUUUUUUUUCGGGGCCCAAGUGAGAACAGCACCGAGCGAGCAGGACGAGAUGCCGAGCCCGGGGCCGUGGAGAGGCCAGGGAGGGCAAGAGCCCGGGGACCGGGGAUCGAAGGCCUCGCCAAGAGCCCAGGACGGCUUCCAGGGAUGCCUGGGCUCGCUGAUGCUGAACGGCAACGAGCUCCCGCUGCAGAACAAGAGGAGCCGGUACGCCGAGAUAGCCGGGCUGAGCGAGGUCAAGCCGGGCUGCGUGCUCUACCCGGAUCCAUGCGUCAGCCAGCCCUGCCUCAACGAAGCCGUCUGCAGCAGCCUGUCCUCUGGAGGCUUCUCGUGCAGUUGCAGUGCCGGCUUUACCGGGGGGCGAUGUGAAACGGAAUUGACAUCCUGCAUGCCGGACCCGUGCCAGAAUGGUGCGGCCUGUAAACCCGUCGGCGGCUUAUUCCUCUGCGACUGUCCUGCAGGACUCGGGGGACUUAUAUGUGACGGGGAUGUCGAUGAGUGCGAACAGGAAGGGUGUGGAAACGCUGGGGAGUGCGUCAACACGUUGGGGUCCUUCUACUGUAACUGUUCAGAGGGGUUCGAGGGUCAGUUUUGUGACGAUCAGGCACCGGGGGACGAUACGCAGGCGGAGCCCCUAUCUUACGUCGGCCCCGGAGAGAUCAUUGGCAUCGGGGUCCUCGCCUUUGUCAUCAUUCUCCUCCUCGUACUCUUCAUCGCCUUCAGGAAGAAAAUCAAAUUUAGGAAAGACUCCGACCCAGGGACUCAGGCCGUGAUGGGUGUGUCAGCCAUUUCCACGGAGACCAGCUACAUGCUGCGCAAGACCGGCACGGGGGUCAAAGGGAUCGAGUUCAAGGCCGUGCGCGUGUCGGGAUCUCCGGUGUCCACCAGCAUCUACGGGGAGGUGGGAGGGAGCAUCGUGGGCCCUCCCCAGGUCACGGUGCGACCCACUGCCCACUCCCAUCUACCGGGAGGACUCAGCGUCCAGAGCAUGAGGAGCGCAGAUGGUGACAAGACCUCCUUCAGUGAGGGCAGUCAGAUGAGCAGCUUCCUCUCGGACGUGUCUAGGAGCGCGGCCAAUAGGAGGGGCAUCGCCGUUUGCAGCGUGGCGCCCAAUCUCCCUCCCGCAGCGGCGGCGGCGUGCCGCUCGGAGCGCAGUCCGGCCCACAAAGUGUCCUGGGAGGGAGAGGAAACGAGGGAGGAAGGGCUGCAGAGAGGGAGAGAUGAAAGAGAGGAGGAAUGGGGGCAGAGAGCUUUUGAGUUGGAGAGAACACAGAGGGAUAACAGUCCACAGGACGUGUCGCAGCUGGACGCGGUGGCGUGUGAAUCAGACUCCGCCUCCGAGGAGCGCUCCCUCUGCUCCUACACGUCUGAGUCCUUUGACGACAACGCCUCCAUAGUGACGGUCAUACGUCUCGUCAACGAUGCCGUUGAUAAUAUUGAAAGCGAAGUGUCAAACAUGGACAAUGAACAGCAGUGCAACAGCCCUGCGUACCGAUGGGAGUCGACCAGUCGGACGUCGAGCUGGUUGUCACCGGCGGGAUCCCAUCGCAACCUCAGCGAGACCCAGCAAAGCAUGAGGCGAGGAGGCAGCACGCGGUCCCUCCAGCUGGACUACAAAGCGGCGGGCCACGGCGGCGGCGGGGACAGGGGCCGAGAGCGAGGACGGGACAGCGGGAGGAGGACCUUCCAGUGGGAGAGGAAUCAGACGGGCGAGUGGGAGAGGAAACGCAUCCUGGAGAGAGAAGAGAAAAGAAGGAACAACGGGGAAGGGGAGGACACGAGCGGGGACGCCGGGGCCCAGCCGGACCGCGACGGCAGCUCCUCGCCCGUUUACGAGGAAUACCGAGAGUCCGGCCGUGACCCGGAGCGAGGGGAAGACGCGCAGGGCCUUUAUGACACUCUGCCUCCGAGCCGGCGAGCCUACGAAGGGUACCCGGGAAGCCCCCCGGGUAUCAACCUGCACCCGGCUCAACUCCUGCCCCCCCUGAGGGCGUGCGACUCACAGACAGGCAGGGUUGCCAGGUCUGUGUGACAAAACCAGCCCAAUGGCCAAUCAAAACCAGCCCAAAAACCAGCCCAAUAUCAGAACUCAAAAUAUGCCCGUGCCAAACCAUAUACACUGCUUUUGAAGUCCAUGUCCAUGUGUGUACGUGCUGAUCUGUAGUCAGUUUGGUAGGAUUUGGGUAUAUGUAGGCCGGUGAAAUUUAAUAAUAAACCAGACGCAACACUAGAGUUCGGGAUCUUUAUUUCUCGAAUUCUCUUUAUGUUGAAGAGAAGUAUUAAAGUAAUUUGUAAUCAAUUUAGGUGUCUGAACUCAAUUCUAUCCAUCUAAUACACAAAUAAACCGCAGUGGUAACUCUUCUGCUAACACAGAAACAAAAGACAACAAAUCACACAUACAGUUACCUCUGAAAUCAACAACAUUAAACAUUUGGUCCAUCAAUAUACAAAUGACACAAGACAUUACACAUACUCACAGCUCGUAUCACAGGUGCAAGCUCAAAUGCUUGUGGUGUUCACAGACACCCACACCAUAGAGCACUAAAGUAACAAAAACAAACAUCAUCUCUGGAACAAUGGACAGACAACAAAUGAUAUAAAACAUGGAUCACAACGGCACGUAUCCCGACAGGACGGUUAUUACAGCGACGCGCAUUAGUAACUCCGCCAUCGUCUCACAACGCGCACCGCAUGGUGACAAAAUCAGUCAACAUCAUACCUCUUGACAUCACCAUCGGCACAUUUAAUGACAUACAAUACAUUUAUAAACUUCAAUGUGCUCAUAUUAUUGAACAUCUUUUGGUAGGUUGACAUAGAAACACAUUUAUAACAUAUUUACUACACAUUUACUGACACGAGAAAAAUCACCAACGCCACCAGUCAGUCACGUGACGCACUCGUUCGGUCCUACUGACUUUCCCCAAAAUAGAGCGCCCUCUAGUGGCUUUACUGCUUACCACCUCUUUCCCACUAGGUUACAUAUAAAUACAUUAUUUCAUUUAAAAUAUGGCUUUUUAUUUAAAGAUAUUCAUGUAAUUUGCAUGCAAAAUAGGUCUACCCGAACCAGCGGACAACAAAUUCAACCCGCGGCAACACUUCAAAAGUAGCCCAAUUCCGCGGGAAAACCACGGAUCUGGCAACACUGCACAGGGGAGGGGAGGGGAUCGCAAGAGGAGCGCCGAGGCGGUCCGGAGUCCAGCGGUCCGGCAGGUUCCGGGGAUGAGCUGGAGAGACUACUGAACCUGGUGUCCCUCAGGGCCAGGAGGGCCACGUGGAUAAACCGAGCCUCGACCCAGUCUGAGCCCACCGCAGACCGGGGAGGAUUUUAAGUAAGCACACCAGACUGCUUUAAAACAAAUAGACAGGAUAUUCCUUUGUAAAUGAAAGAAGAGAAGAAAUGAGCCACUCUGAUUACACGUGACAUUUAUGUUAAUAGGCUACACUGUUGGUAAUUUAAAAAGGUGAAGAUUAACAUUUCUACUUUUAUCAUCCCGCUUUAUAAUCCCGCUGCAAGCAAACAAACUAAUCCACCGCCGAUCCCACGGCUCAUUUAGAAGCGGGAGGAAGAAGAAGAAAAUAAUAUGUGUUCUCUCGACACCUUCACCUGUGCUGCAGCAGAGAUAGCGAGGAUUACCUGUGAAUCAAUGUCAUCACAUUCAUUAUUUAUGUCGCUAUUGGAGCGGAUAAUUUAUCAACAUAAAAAACUCAAAGAAAACCCACCUGACACACCGACGUAUGUACAUAUGCUGUGGUGUUGUUUUCAUACUCCUUUUAAAUCACACACAAAAUCACUUUGUUUGCUCAACCGUAUAGUUAAUUGCAUUUUAUUAUUUUACUGGCACAUGCUGGGGGUUGUUUUGAAGAGAAGUAUUCGCACACGUCUCAGACGUAUCGCCUCCCAGAUGUUAUCAAGAUUACCAGAGGUUGAUACCAGGAGAUCUUAAUUUAAUCAUUUCAUUGUUCUAUAUUUAUUUCAUAAUAACACUAUUAAUGCGUUUAGUUGCUUGGGAUCCUCUUCAUGAACACAAUCAUCAGGCUUGUUAUGAAUAAAUACAGCACUUUU